AUGCCCCUCUCACCCGUCUCGGUCGUGGUCGGAACCACGAUUGCAACUGCUAUCGUGGUGAUAGGUACAGGGUAUGCAUUCAAGAAGUUUGUAUACGAUCCCCAUCUAUCACAUCAUAUUGAAGCUCUGAUAUCUCAACAUCAGCAUCAACAGCAACAGCGACAGGCAAUCCCAAUUUCAAUCCCAGUAGAUUCGGAAGAAGUGAACCUGGUCAGUACUCGUACGAGGGGUUUGUCCACUUCGACUUCUUAUACAGAUCACCAUACUUCGCUGAGGAGGAGAAAUAUCAACAACCAUCGGGAAGUGCAUGGAGAUGGAGAUGGAUUAACAUACGAACUGAAAGAGAGGACCUACCCUCAACCUAAAGAGAAAGAGGAUGGAUACGGGGGAGCAUCGACAUUCGAACUGGACGAAAGUCAAUCAAACCUGCUAGGCGAGUCUUCUAACCCAAGACCACGAGCAGGAAAAUUGGUAGAUCUUGUAGACGAUGGUGAUCUCGAUCAUGGACAUGAACGAUCUGAAUCACCUCAGGAAAGAGAAAUCAAAGAAGUUAUCUUUAGUCUUACGCCUACACCAUUACGAUCUAAUUCUCGGACUUCGACACCACUCCAAAGAUCAGGUCAUGUUACACCUGAACCUGUCAAUCCUUUCCUAUCUCCUGAAGAUACACAUGUAUCACUAUACCAACCGAACGAUGAUGAUCAUCUAGAUCCACGGACAUCAUCAACUUCAUUUUCAUUCUUAUCCUUGUCACAAGCAUCUUCGCCUGAAUCUUUACCACAUACCAGUCUCAUUCCCCACCAUCAGCAGCAGCAGCCUCAGUUAACGCGAGAUGCGUAUGUAGCAGAACUGGAGGACGAGAUUGAUCAUGGUACACCAACAUUAGCAGAUGGGAGUAACGAGGAAGAGGAAGAAAUGUUAACGCUUUCGGACAUUGAUGUAGUCAGCGUCAGUAAUACAGAAUACGAAGAUGCCGAAUCGUAUACACCGGUAUCCCGUUCCCUCAGUCGAAACUCUAAUCCAGCUCAGGUGGACCCAUCAUAUGGAGUUGUGAACGAGAUGGGAUUGAGCUAUAUUCCUCUAUCUGUACCUUCCACAAGGGGUCCGAUGAGCGUGAUUAGCGUGGAUGAUUCGGCGUCAGUGGGUGAAAGCGAUUGGGAUAUCUUAUCUGAGACCGGUAGAUAG